AGUUCUUAGAUUCAUUUAGUGUGUGUGUAUAAUGAUCUGGGCCAACUGCUAAGCUUAUCCACAAUGGGGCAAACUGAAACCAAAUCACAGUGCGAUAAUGAAAAUGAAUAUUUGGAUUUACUUUCUUCUGCCGAAGUGACUCAGCUGAAGAAGAUUUUGUGUGUCAUUGAUGAUAAACCUCAAAACAUUAAAGUUUACUUGGAAAAUUUAAAGAUUCAUCUAUUAAAUUUUUUUACACCGAGUCGAACGGAUCAGUUGAUAUCGUUUCUAAGUACACACUGUGCUAUCGCUACUGCGGAAAAUGACUGCGGUGUAGCUUUGAUGAAUGAAGUAGCAAAGAUCACAAAAGGUGGACAAUCUCAGAUAAUUGAGUUUGUUUAUCAGAUGCUAAGUCCAUGCGAAGAUGAUUUGCCGUUAUCUGAUCUAAAAUUGUUUUGUGAAGAAGCAUUGCAAUGCAUUGAUCAUGAUGCAAUUAAAAGAUUUGGGAUUGCAACUGAAUCAAAUGAGAGAUUGUUUAGAAAACUGACUUUGAACACCCCUGAGCAUCUAGACAUGGUUAAAUUGCAGAAACUGUUUGAAGAAUCACCUGUGUUGGUUGAACUGUUGUUACAUGCAUGUCAAAAUGUAUUUUUUGGCAAUACAUCUUUCGUGAAUCAGGAACUUAAGGGAUCUGUUCCAGUAUUGCUUCCUGAAUUGGAGAUUCCUGCAAAGUUUAACAUUGCCCCCGAAUCAAGUAUAUUGGGAGCAUCUGAUGUUUUGUUUCUAAACGGAAACCUUCCAUUGCCACAACAGCACAAAUGGAGAUUUCUUUUCUCAACAAGUUUCCAGGGGGAGAGCUUUUCUAAACUUUGCGCUGAGAUUUUGAACAAAGGCCCGGUUGUUAUUGUUGUAAGAGAGGCAGCAGGAAACAUCUUUGGUGGUUAUGUUUCUUCUAGUCUUGUUUACAGCUCAAAGUUUCAAGGCACUGCAGCUUCAUUUCUGUUCACUGUGAAACCAGAGCUUGAAACUUUCAACACAACCACUUACAAUGAUCACUAUGCAUAUCUCAAUAUUGGCCAAGAAACUAUGCCAAAUGGACUGGGUAUGGGUGGCCAGCAUGAUUACUUUGGCUUCUGGUUGAGUUCAGACUUCGGCAAAGGUCACAGUAAAGCCAAACCGAAGUGCACGACGUAUGCGAGUCCUCAGUUAUCAAGUGAAGAUACGUUCAACAUCGAUGCACUCGAGGUUUGGGGAGUUGGUGAUGAACCUGUGCUGGAUGAUGAGGAGGAAGACGAGAUUGGUGCAAGUGUUAUUGACAAGCACCCAGACGCUGUUGCCAUUCUAAGAGUUGCUGGCAAGGAGAGAGUUAGUGAAGGUUUACGCGACAACGAAGCAUCUGCAAGUUCCAUGCCUGAUAUGGUCCAACUACAUGCUACACAUGAUCCCAUGGAUUAUCCUGGACCCUAGAUUGCUGAUAUUGUUUCCAAUUUAUUUUUGUAUCUGACCACAGUGCAAUAAAUGUUAAAUUACGAUGUUGCAAAUAGGAAUAUAUUGUAUAUUUUAUUGAUAAUUAUUUAUUGUAACUUUGAUUUUCAUAUCCUCAGCUUGGUGGUGUAUCUUCUUUGCUUAUUAAGAAUUAAUAUCAUUAUCUAUAAUGGGUUGGGGGAAGAUGGGAAAACCCCAUCUUUAGCUUGUAAUAUCCAAAUAUCCUGAUCCUGUUUUAUACCAUUACCUAUGUUAGUCGUUAGGAUAACGGUUUUAUAUUUCUUUGAAUGUUCUUUGUUUGCUACCGAAUGGGUCAGGAAAAUAGAAUAUAAAGGUGUCCCAUCUUCCCCCACCUUAUAUCUCAACACGACAUUGAACAAACACAAAUGACAUUGCUGUAAGCUUUACUAUAGUAAUCAGGAAAUUAAAAGGAGAACAAAUACAAA